ACAUGACUCGGGAUGGCGGCGCUGUCUUUGCUCUCGGUCCUUUUCCUCCUCCUGCCAAGUGUUCGGCGGAUCACCGGAUACACCCUGACCGACCGAGGGGGACUGGGCCGGGAGUUCGACGGGAUCGGGGCAGUGAGCGGGGGAGGGCCGAAUUUCGGGGCUUCUCUGCAGAUCUUUAAAGUGGAAAUCGGAGGCGAUGCGCAGACCACAGACGGCACGGAACCGUCCCACAUGCACUAUGCAGACGACCAGAACUAUUUCCGCGGGUACGAGUGGUGGCUGAUGAAAGAGGCCAAGAAGAGGAACCCGAAUAUCAAACUUGUUGGUCUGCCCUGGGCAUUCCCGGGUUGGAUCGGUAACGGCAAGAACUGGCCGUACGACUUCCCGGAUGUCACCGCCAAUUACGUCGUCUCCUGGAUCAUCGGCGCUAAACAGUACCAUGACCUGGACAUCGAUUAUGUUGGGAUAUGGAAUGAGCGGGCCUUCGAUGUGAAGUACAUAAAGUUGCUGCGUUACACUCUGGAUAAGUUUGGUUUGGAGCGGGUGCGGAUCGUUGCCAGCGAUAAUCUUUGGCAGCCAAUCGCGUACCAGAUGGUGCGGGACACGGAACUCCUCAGGGUGAUCGAUGUGAUAGGAGCCCAUUACCCCGGCACAGUUACGGUUUCCGACGCCAUUUCCACGGGGAAGAAACUUUGGUCCUCGGAAGAUUACAGCACAUUCAACGACGAGGUCGGCGGCGGGUGCUGGGCCCGGAUCCUGAACCAGAAUUACGUCAACGGGAAUAUGACAGCAACCAUCUCCUGGAACCUUGUGGCCAGUUACUACGAGCAGCUUCCGUUCGGACUGGAAGGGCUGAUGACGGGCGCUUCUCACGUUUAUGGAAAGAUGAUGUAUGACGAAUGUAUUUCUCUUCCAGCUCACACAACGCAGUUCACCGAGCCGGGCUGGUUCUACCUGCGUACAGUCGGCCACUUGGAGAACGGUGGGAGCUACGUGGCCCUCACGGACAGGCUGGGCAAUCUCACCAUUGUUAUAGAGACCAUGUCACAUGACCAUUCUGUCUGUAUCCGUCCUUUCCUGCCCAAAUUCAACGUCUCCUCUCAGAACGCCACCUUCCAGCUCGACGGACAAUUCAAGGGUGUGAAGACGUUGCAGGUCUGGUAUUCGAAGCUUUGUGUCAACACCACCAAGCCGACCUUAUUUCAGAAGAGGUCACCAAUACCGGUUAGGAACGGUGAAUUCACUCUGCAGCUGGGCGUGGACGAGGUGUACACUCUGACAACUCUUCUGAAGGGCCGGAAAGGGUCUUACCCCGACCCCCCAAAAUCUCAGCCCUUCCCCCGAAACUACAAGGAUGACUUUAAUGUCCGUAUCCCUUCGUUCAGUGAGGCCCCAUACUUCGCAGACCAGUCUGGAGUGUUCGAAUACUUCACAAACACCUCGGACCCCGGAGAUCACACGUUCACCUUCCGACAAGUGCUGACUCAGUUUCCCAUCACCUGGGUGUCUGACGCCAAGCAACCCAUCAGCAUCAUUGGCGACUUCACUUGGUCCAAUGUGACGGUAACCUGCGACAUUUACAUCGAGACCGCGGACGUGGGCGGAGUCUUCAUCGCGGCCAGGGUGGAUCAAGGCGGAUCCCACACCUACCUAGCCAAAGGGAUCUAUUUCUGGGUGUUCGCCGACGGCACUUAUAAGGUCACCGGAGAUUUACUCGGGAAGAUCAUUCUGGUGAAAGGAGAUUCCGGUGUCCGCGCCGGGGCUUGGCACACGCUGACCCUUCACCUCGAGGGUUUCCACGCCUACGGCCUCCUGAACGGCAAUCCUCUGUGGAAGGACGUCAUCACGGUGGGACCGGUUCACGGCUGGGCCGCCAUCGGCACGGCGGCGUUCGAGUUUGCGCAGUUUGAUAACUUCAAGGUGGAAGCCAAAGUCCAGUAAGAUCUGAGCGGCCGCCUGGCGGGGGAUCGCAGCACUGAACUGACCGCCGCCGAGCGCGGCUUUACUGUGAACUGACCGGAGGGGGA